CAGUACGAGCUGGUGUUAACAGUCAGUCAUGGCUGGUAGUGGAGGCACCAUCAGUGUUAGUAAUGAGUGCACAGGAACCACACUCUCUUCUCCUCCUCCUCCUUGGUCAUCAUCAUCUUGCAGAAUUUCGUCUUGACUAGCAGUGCUCUUGACAGACGCUACUAGCAAGAAACUGAGGGAGAUAGUUGCGGUUUAGUUUUAUCGGUGUUUUAUAACUAAGUUCAUAAUGAGGUCGUGCGACAGAAGGUGUUGAAAUGGAAGGAAGUUGUAAGCGUGCCUGGUGUUUAUAGUUAUGCGUCACGGUGUGAGGAGCUGGGUAAUGGUGUACCUCCUGCUCAGGUGGAGUGGCAAGUGUGAUAGGAGGGUUUACACCAGAUGUGUGCGUCAGCGGCGAUGCAUCACACGCGUCCUUCAGUGAGGCUCCACCCACAGGACUCCAACAGGAACCUUCCGCAGGCAGGUGCUGGUGGCCAGGUGUUACGAGCGAGGUAUUUCCCGGCGUGACACCCCAGAGUAGAGGAACCCCACGGCUUGCUAAACGGGGCCACACCUCUGCAUUAUCAGUAUUGUGUGGUGAUAACGCGACAGACACAACUAUGUGCCCAGUGUUUCCUGUGACGGUCACCGUGUCGGCCGUACGUCCGCUGCUGCUGGAGGCUGUGUUCCCGUUUCAGUGCAUUUCUCACUUCUUAGAGGUGAUGUCAGACAUGUGAAAUGAAAUGAAUGUGAUACUGUGAAUUAUCUUAGUUCUAGGAUAAGAACGUCGAAAAUAUUGACUCGUGUGUGUUGUUUCCUUCAGCCAGGAACAUCUAUUCAUUGUCACAUGUGUGCUGGUGAAUAUAUAUACUCCCAGAUCAAGAGCAUCGAUAUAUAUUCACGUAUGCUGCGCUAGUGUGUGUGGUUACUUCCAUGGAAAAAACAUUUGAUACUUUGUCUCGUGUUUGCUACUGCAGACUUCCAGGGCAAGAAUAUCGAUAUAUUUCCGAGUGUGCACUCGUGUGCUCACACACUUCGUAACUGGUGAUCUCGUGUCUUUUAUUGUACAAGACACCGUGGUAUCACCGUAGUGUCCUUAGUGGUUGAUGAUAUAAUACUUUAUAUGAUGCAGCACAAGGAGUGGUGGAGUCUCCAUCUUACGUCUCUCCAUUAAUUGCAAGAGACAUUACCUGGCGACUGUGUAGUGUUGCACCGGCGCUCUAUAAAUAACGAAUAAAAUAGAUAUAGUGUGCUGUGCUUCGAGGAUACACACCUGGGGCAUACCUUACUACGGGUGUCGUACAUUACACUAGUACCUAGAGCCAGCGGUGCUAAUGACUAUUACCGAUUAAUUUCGUCAGGAGUGCAGUGGCCGAAGCUGGAGAAUAUUAACACCACCAGUCAUGUGUGUCGAGUGACCUUGAGCACACCUGCCACACCUAUGCUCUUAUCGUGGGGUCUGAGAUACAGGUGUCCGGCGGCUGUGAUGGAGUUUCCACGUAGCAAGACCUGGUUUCUUCUGUGCGGCUUAUUUACUGAGCGAAUUCCUUAGUCAGGAAUCUUGUGUUCACCUUUUAAGUAUUACUGUUGGAGAAUUAUUUGUAAUAAAUAAUGGAGAUAAGCCAAGACGUGCACGAAACGAAAAUGAAAGGUAUGGCAGAAGACGAGGUAGAAAUGAUUGAGGACGAAUAUAUAAUCACUGAGGGGGAAGAGGAAUUGAGUGAAUGGGAGGUUAAACAGGAGGAAGAAACAGCUGAGCAGUUGGUGGCUCAUACACGAACUCCAAGAGUAAAGUGCUGUAUAUGUAUGAGUGAAGGCAAAGGCAAGAACAGGAGACGCCGACGUCAACAAGUGUCGAGUGAAUAUCUAGAUCAUUACUAUGACGAAACACACUACUACCCUCAGAAGCGCGGAUGUUGCUGCUGCCGCUGGUGGAAUCUCUUGGCGAUGAUGGUGUUGAGUCUGAGCCUCCUGCUGGUGGUGUUAGCGUGGUGGGACGUGGCGGUGCAGCUGGGGGUUAUGAACACCAUAGUUAUGAAGGAGGGCUCCCAAAAAGACCUUUUAUGGAGGACGGCCGAAAUCAACGUUCGUUACACCGUCUACGUCUUCAACCUAACCAACCCGAGACAGUUCAUGGAUGGGCAGCGACCCAGAGUUCAGCAGGUGGGACCCUAUGUGUACACUAUGAAAGAAGUUAAAGAGAAUGUUGCAUAUCGGGAUGACGGUACCGUUGAAUACCAGGGAAGGCCUAUGUAUUUCUUCCAACCUCAUUUAUCCUCGGGGACGGAGGAGGAUAUGAUCACCACCGUCAAUAUACCUUUCGUCAAUGCUGCAGACUUGGUGAAGGACGAGGAAGCAGUGAAGAAAGUGCUGAUAAUGAUCAAGAAGAUGUAUGGUUUCAACACCAUAAGAAGGCUUAAUGUAGGUGAGCUCCUAUGGGGUCACAAGUCACGGGUGCUGGACUGGGCCAGGACCAUUCAGGAGCUGCCUUACCCACAUCGGCUGUUUGGCCUCCUGAUGGGUCUCAACAACACACUACAACCACUCUAUGUCAUGCACACCGGCAAGGGCGACACUUCUAAAAUGAACAAAAUUUUAGCUUGGAAUGGACACGAGGCCCUCCACUUCUGGUAUGGUGAUGUGUGUAACAUGAUCCGUGGCACAGAUGCCAACGGCUUUCGUCCGGGGCUUAACAAGAACGAGACGCUGUAUAUCUUCAAUGGUCAGCUAUGUCGCUCACUACCGCUAGUGUACAAUAGUACUGUUUCCCACGGGGGGCUGGAGGCUUACCGCUAUGUACAUCCAGAAGACAUCUUCACCUACGGCCGCGCCCACCCUGAGAACUCCUGCUUCUGCGGCAAGCAGGGGUGUCCCACUAAAGGUGUCCUAGACAUGAGGCCAUGCUACUAUGGGGCAUCAGUCGCCUUCUCGUUCCCUCACUUCUACAACGGCAAUCCCAAGCUUCGUCACAUGGUUCAAGGGCUCAGACCGGAACCAGAGAAGCAUAGGACGGAGUUCGACAUCUACCCUGACCUGGGAGUGCCACUACGGGUGAAGCUCCGUAUGCAGAUGAAUGUUAUGUUGGACCGUAGCCAAGCUCUUGAGCGAGCCCGCCACUUCGAUGUAAUACUUCCCAUAUUUUGGUUUGAAGUUGGAAUUGAUUCUCUGCCGGGAGAAGUAGUGGGUUUGCUCAAAUUGGCUCAAAACUUACCUCCUGUGGUGAAAACAACAAGUGUUACUUUGUGCACGGCACUCACUCUCAUCUUCCUGAUAUUGCUGUUGGCGCAGACGGUGGCUGCGUGGUGUGGCUGGGGUGCUGUAAGCUCCAAGAAGCGCCCUCUUACCCCGGAUGAUCUCCCGCACCACACUCACUUCCGUCCCACCCCUCCUAUGUGGGAAUACGACGAAUUACACAAGCCUCCUAGACGAGGAGACUCGACCGCAUCUUCAGGUAGCUACAAAGAAUCUCUUCCUUCCACCCUAGCCCAGCCAGGUGUAGACAUUCCUAUUAUUGAUGACCACACCUUACUGCCACCCUACCGUCGUUGUCAUAACCUAGAUAUUCCUGAUGCGCCACGUCCAGACAGCGUAGGGGAUGAGAGCAUUGACACUGACCAAGUACCUCCUCCAUAUAGUCCUGGACCAGUACAUCGUACACCCUCGACUGUCUCUGUUGAAAUUCACAUUACAGCCUCCGAUGAUGAACUCGCAGACUUACCUCAUGAUCCGCCAGUUAGGAAGGAUAUUCCUAUAGAACAGUGUCCACCUUACUACGAAUCUACAGCUCGCCUACCCCCAGUUGAAGAUGAGGAACCAGAGAGAGUGACUCCCUCCACGCCUCCUCCUCUCCCAGGUGAAAAUGUUGUAGCCCCAUUGGCGCGAGUGGAGGACGAUACUUUAGACAUGCAGGGAAAUCCUGGAUCCUCCUGUCUCUCCUCAUCACCCGAAUAUCCACCUAGAUAUACCAAAUCAUCAGCCCCUCUGGCCACAUCAAGUCCUCAGGGGUCAGUUGAUGCUAAUAAUAGUCGCAGUGAUUUACCUCCACCUUUGGAAUCAGACUUAUGAGGUGACAUCGGUUUUAAUGAAUAUUUCAUUAAUUCUUCUUGCAUUUUCCUUGUAUUAUAGACUUGAAAGGUUUUCAAGAAAAACUUGACGAUUCUCUUUAACAGUAUUGAAACUUACGUGAUCGUUAAAAGUGCUCCAAUUUCUGCAUUAAGUUUACAUUUUUGUUCUGUGAUUUGAUUGUUACAAUAGCAUCAUUUGUAACCUCGUUUUUAUGUUUUAAGGAUUGCUGUAAUCUGCUCAAUCUCCAAGCUGUUAUCAGUGACUUUGGGAUACACACAUCAUUCCUACCCAACGGGUUCCCUUGUUGUGUAAACUGCAGUUACAUGUUGCCUCUUGAGAUUAUGUAGAGCUCGAGUUUAGUUUUGAGAUCUACAUGUACCAUGUGGAUUAAAGAAACAUAGAAAGAAACUGUACAUUGGGCUUGCCAUUGUGAUUCAAACCAUAUCAUAUAAUUUUUAUUAAUGGUUAAAAAUAUUAAUCAUGUUGAUUUAAAUUUAUAAGUAUUACUUAAUGCUAGCAACCAGUUUAGUAUCAAUACAGCAGAUGAAGUGAUGAGUAACAUGUAAACAGUUGUUUGACCUCUGAGAUUAAAGGUUUCCACAUCGUGUUAUACAUGUUUGUCUUAUGAAGUUGAUAAAGUUAACAUGUGCAUAAUAUAGGUCGAGCACUAUAUAUCAGUUUAGAGUUAAAAAGUUUCAAAUCUGCCUAAUUUGUAUGAAAAUAUUUCAUAAAUGACAAGGGGUAUUGACCUCAAAAAUGUUUAAAUUAUUACUGAGGCAUUAUUGUGCCGAAUAAGACAAAAAACUUAAAUAUAUCCUUCUCCUGAGACUGUUUCCAACCGCAUGUUCCCAUGUGCUAUCUUAAUAUUUCUAUGUUCAAUGUAUUUAAUAUUAUUUAUUAACGUAGGAUAUGCUAAGCUGAAAUGUAUGUGAUGAUUUUUUUUGUUCAUAUACGCAGUCAUAUGUUGCUUAAGUACCCAGUCAUAUGUCUUUCAUUUUAUUUUUAAACCUUCUAAGCAUUUAGACGCUGACUUACCGCUAGCUUGCGCUUAGGCAAGUGAUCACAUGAAUGUUAUUUACGUUUCUAAUUAUAUAGGUACGAAUCACAUGAAUAAUGCCAGAUCAGUCAGGCUUUUAAUGACUAUGUAGGAUUGCGGGCCAGUAGGAAAAUCUGCCACAGGUCUGGCUGCAAGUCUAGAAUAACAAACCGAUCACAGCUAUAGUGCCACAUGAUAAGCCUUAGCAGCAUGUGUGUCACUGAUCUGUUCUGUUACAGUAUCGAACAAAUUAACGUAUGUUAAGGAAACUGGCGACAAAUGAACUCAGACUAACAUGGAAAUGUAACCCUCUAUUUGGCCUCAACGAAACGUCUUUCAGUAGAGUAUCUUUUGGGUAAAGAGAUAGUUUGCAGAACAAGUCUACUUUUGAUGAUGUUUCGCUCAUUAAUGAAUUUUAUGAUUUGAAGCUCAACACCGAGAGAAACAUCGGCAGAAUAAAAACUUACUCUGCAAAUUCUUUCACUUAACCAUUUUACUUGGCACCAUUCGCCAGUCAAAUCAGAGGCUAUUCUUCCUCUUCUGUGUGUGUGUAUGUGUAUGCUAGUUACCAUUUUGAGAUAGGCACCUGUCGAUUACACACUUGGCCUCUGUGUAUUCACCUGUUUGUGGUUACAGGGGUCGAGACUCAGCUCCUGGCCCCGCCUCUUCACUGACCGCUACUGGGUCCUCCCUCUCCCUGCUCCAUGAGCUUUAUCAUACCUCGUCUUAAAACUAUAUAUGGUUCAUGCCUCCACUACAUCACUUGCCAGACUAUUCCACUUCCUAACAACUCUGUGGCUGAAGAAAUACUUCCUAACAUCCCUUUGACUCAUCUGAGUCUUCAGUUUCCAAUUGUGACCCCUUGUUUCUAGAUAUACCAAAUCAUCAGUGUGGUGUGUGUGUGUUUGUACUUGAUAUUGAGAGCCUGUUCAAAUGUACUUUGCCUGCACUAAUAUAAAAACAAGCUCAUAGCUCUCAGAGGGGUUACAUUUUAAUUAAGUGAUUUUGUGUUUGGUUUGCAUUAUCAAUCUGUAACCACAGUAUUAUAUGUCCUUCAACUUGAAUGACAUUAGUGAUUUAUCUGUUAUACUGUAUCUACAGUAUGUCCCUGCCAUUGUUUUAGGUUCACAUUAGCUUUUAAUAUUCCUGUGAAAUCCGUACCACUAUACUACAGUGGAAUGCACUGUAUUUGCAAAUGUUUGAGUGCAGAAUUUUAUGGCAUUACGUUAGCAUGGUAGCGUCGUCAUUUUAUUUAUUAUUUUCUCCCAUUGUAGUCACAUUCUGUAAAGGGGUAUUUAUUAUUAUUAUUGCUGUGUAUGCCUGAGCUUUCUCAAGUGUUCUUGCUUGAAAAUCUUUUAUUUAGCAUUGCUUCUUUUAAUUUUUCUAUUGUUUAAUAAAAUCAAGUGAGAAUAUGUUAAUAAGACCUCAACGACGUAUAGGCUGGACCGAACAGCUGUUCUCAACUUUUUAGUUUGCUCAUUAGACAGAAUUUGAAAUCACAUUCUCCUCGUGACCUACUUAGCACCCCAAUAAAUAAACAUAGAUUUAUGGCAUAAUAUUAAGAAAGUUUUGAAAAAAAAAUAGACACAAUCGCUCAAUUUUUCUUGGGUCACGACUCUGCUUGUGAACUGCCGAUAAAGAAUCUUAUUUUAUAGAAGUAUUGCUAUAAAAGGUAGGGCUCUGGUCGAUUUGUAUAUCUAAUUUAAAAUAGUAUUUUUUAUAUUUUAAAUUGUGGAUUGUUUCAGCGAGACGUUAUGUAAAAUUGAUUAUCUGCUCUAUACGUCAUUUUAUUUCCAAGUCGCCCAUUAGCCAUAGAAGAUUUUUUUUUUUUUUUUUGUAUUUAGAGAAAAGUUUUGUAUUAUUGACUCUUCACAAAUUCGAACUGCUGCGAACCAUACAGGAAUAUCUUCAUCCCAGUAAUUCCUUCUGAGGUGCCUUAAUACCAGUGGACGGCUCUUGAUCUUAGGAAUUUUAGCUGUGCUCCCGUUCCUUGGAUCGAAUCUGAUUGCCUCCCCAUUCUCCUGACGCUGUAUGACCUCCUUUGGGUUUAGCGCUUCUCAAAAAUGCAAUAAUAAUUCAUUCUAGUACUAAGACAAGUUUUUUUUUUUUGCAACUUUGUUAUAAUAAUUUUUUCUAGAUUUUAACUGAUAAGGCAAAUUUUCUUGACCUGUAACAAAAUUUUAACCAGGGAACAAUUUUUUCGAACAAUAUAAUAUAAGGCCCUAUCAGAAACAUAACUGUCUUGAUCAAUAUGAUUUAACACUCAUCCAGGGAACACUUAAGAUUCUUCUACAACUUUUUUUUUUUUUAACUUUGACACCAUAUUCUAAUUAUAUUUCUAUUCACACUCUGAAUUAGGAAAAAAAUAUACCAUUGUCAAAACAAAUCAUCUUUAGAAUAAUGGUACGAUAUAUUUUUGAUAACUGUAACAAAGUGACUAUGCAAUUUUGUUCGCGCGAAUAAAAUACUUUUGCUAUAA